AUGAAUCUUUUGUUGAAGAUGCAGUUGUUGAAGAUGGAUCCUAUGCUUUAUACAACCGCCCGCCACAAAACCGAAUUAUCUAAAAACACACUAGACAUGUUGUUGGGGAAGGUAUUAAAACGUACACAUAUUGGGAAUGAUAAAAUCCCAUGUAUCCAGGUUCGAUGUCGACUGAACGAUUUUGAUGAAUAUAUUAAGAAGUAUUUCUCACGGCCUAUUGAUCUAUGGGCAUUAGAUCCGGAAAAUGCAACAGGACUAGGUGAUACUAUUCUGAUCACAAAAUGUGAUGUAGAUAAACGACCGGCGAAAUUAGUGACACAUAUUGUUGAUCGAGUGUUGUUUCAGUAUGGUAAUAUUAUCGAUCCGGUUACCAAAAAACGAGUAAUUAAGGAGAAAUAUGAAGACGACAUCAAUUUACAGACAAAGCUAGUGAAGGAAAUUAUCGAAGAGCCAUCGUCAUAUGAUGUGUUGUUAUUCGAAGAAAAGCGAGACAUGCAGUGGCGACGAUUGAAUACCCGUAAAAUGGCGAUAAGCCAACGUGAGUUAUCGAAGCAGGGGCGUUUACUGGCGAGGAAAACAUUCAAGAGUAUCAGCAAAGAAAAGGAAGAGACUCCGGGUACGGAUAAAGAGGAGGAUAAUUAA